UCGUUGUGUUCGAUGUCCACGUGUUAAUGAACUUGUGAAAGAUUGCAUCAGAUUGUCAUCAGGCCAGCAAAUAAUCAUUCACAAACGAGACAAAAAUGUCUGGCCAUCUAAAAGUGCAGAAUUUGGACACUCUAGAUAAGACAAAAUUGACACCACUUACACCUGAAGUGAUUUCAAGACAAGCGACGAUCAACAUUGGUACAAUCGGCCAUGUAGCUCAUGGUAAAUCGACAGUUGUCAAAGCGAUAUCGGGUGUGCAGACUGUUCGUUUCAAAAAUGAAUUGGAACGUAAUAUCACAAUCAAAUUAGGAUAUGCCAAUGCUAAAAUAUUCAAAUGUGACAAUUGUCCACGGCCCGAAUGUUACGUGUCAGCCUCGAGCAACAAAGAAGACGAAUUCAAAUGUGAAAGGCCCGAUUGUAAUGGAAAGUAUCGUCUGUUGCGUCAUGUUUCAUUCGUCGAUUGUCCUGGUCACGAUAUUCUUAUGGCUACCAUGUUGAACGGUGCGGCCGUUAUGGAUGCAGCGUUAGUGUUGAUCGCUGCCAAUGAAUCCUGUCCACAGCCACAAACUUCGGAGCAUUUAGCCGCUGUCGAAAUAAUGCGACUCAAACAUUUGAUCAUCUUGCAGAACAAAAUCGAUUUGGUUAAAGAAGCUCAGGCCAAAGCCCAAGAGGAAGAGAUUCGGAAAUUCAUUCAAGGAACGGUGGCCGAAGGUUGCCCAAUCAUACCGAUCAGUGCUCAGCUCAAGUAUAAUAUCCAUGUACUUUGCGAGUAUAUAACGAAAAGAAUCCCCAUACCUGAUCGUGAUUUUGUUUCGCCACCAAGGCUUAUCAUAAUCCGAUCAUUCGAUGUCAACAAACCUGGAAGUGAAGUGGAAGAUAUAAAAGGUGGUGUUGCAGGCGGUUCAAUACUCAAAGGUGUACUAACCGUAGGUAUGGAAAUCGAAGUUCGUCCUGGCAUUAUCGACAAAGGUGAAAAUCAACAAAUCCAGUGCUAUCCAAUUCGAUCGAAAAUCGUUUCAUUGUAUGCUGAUCAAAAUGAUUUACAAUAUGCCGUACCUGGUGGUUUGAUCGGUGUUGGCACAAAAAUCGAUCCAAUGUUAACGCGUGGCGAUCGUAUGGUUGGCCAAGUACUUGGAGCAGUUGGUACAUUACCUGAUAUUUAUGUUGAAAUCGAAAUUACCUGCUACCUGUUACGGCGAUUGUUGGGCGUUCGAACCGAAGGCGAUAAGAAGGGUGCCAAAGUACAGAAAUUGGCCAAAAAUGAAGUUCUCAUGUUGAACAUCGGUUCAUUAUCAACCGGUGGCAAAGUGGUAGCCAUCAAAGGUGAUAUGGCCAAAAUAUCGCUGUAUACACCUGUCUGUAUUGAAAUUGGUGAAAAGAUUGCCCUCAGUCGUCGUGUUGAUCGUCAUUGGCGGCUAAUUGGUUGGGCAAAGAUUCUACGUGGUCAGACGACUACACCAUUAGAACGAUAGGAAUGCCUUUCCGAUAGGCUAAUUUGAAUUUUUUAAAAUGUCUCUCUUUUCUCAAACAUUUUUCUUUUAAUCAUUCAUUUAUUCAAUAUAAAACACUAAAAAUGCUAUACAAUACAAUUUAUUUUCGAAAACUAA